CUGACUGACAAGGACACAGAGGGGUGGUGUGGGUGAGGGAGGGGGCAUGAUGGGCCUCCUGCUGCAGCUGCUGCUGCUGCUGCUGUUUAGUGGUUCUUUAGAGUACACCUGCUUGUGUCUAAAGUUGUUGGUGGUGGUAGCACUAGUGGUGUGACCUUUUAAGGUGAUUUCCUCCCCUUUUCCUUCUUCUUCUUCUUCUUCUUCUUCUUAACAAACUCUCCUCUCUCUCUCUCUCUCUCCUCUCUCUCUCUCCCUACCCCCUUGUUGAGUUCCUGGGGGUUUUGGAUCUUCAUUUGCCUGGUUUGGGCCUCAUUAAUUCACUGCCUCUUCAUGUUCUUAGGAAGUCUGCCCACCAGCUGGACCGCCUGGCAGCGAAGUAGUUAUUGAUGUUUAUAUAGUGAAGAAGAAGGGAUUGCAGUAUUUUGCUUCGUGUUAAAAAUGAAGUUUAUGAAGCUUGGAUCAAAGCCCGAUACCUUUCAGACCGACGGAAAAGAUGUCAGGAUUGUGGCAAGUGAAUUAGCAACUGACAUCAUUGUUCAUGUAGGAGACGUGAAAUUCCAUCUACACAAGUUUCCGCUUCUUUCCAAGAGUUAUCGGUUGCAGAGGUUGGUCGGUGAUGAAAAUGGUGACGAAAUUCACAUUCCAGACAUCCCGGGUGGUCCUGUGGCCUUCGAGAUCUGUGCCAAAUUCUGUUACGGCGUCACUGUCACCCUUAAUGCGUACAAUGUUGUCACCGCGCGGUGUGCAGCUGAGUACUUGGAGAUGCACGAGACGGUGGAGAAAGGAAAUCUUAUAUACAAGAUCGAAGUCUUUCUGAGCACUAGCAUUUUCCGAAGCUGGAAAGAUUCGAUCAUUGUUCUUCAGACCACAAAACCUCUCCUACCUUUCUCCGAAAAUCUCAAGUUGGUUAGCCACUGCAUAGAUUCUAUAGCUUCCAAGGCUUCAAUUGAUUCUUCUAAGGUCGAAUGGUCGUACACGUACAACAGAAAGAAGCUUCCAUCUGAAAAUGGCUUCGAUUCACACUGGAACGGCGUUAAGAAGCAGCAGUCAGUGCCCAAAGAUUGGUGGGUUGAGGACUUGAGCGAACUCGAAUUGGAUUACUUCAAGCAAGUUAUAGCUGCCAUUAAAUCCAAGGGGAGAGUUUCCCCACAGGUGAUUGGAGAAGCUUUAAAGGCUUACACAUAUAAAAGGCUCCCAUCUUUAAGUAAAGCUUCUAUGAUCCAUGGAGAUGUAAAAAUUCAAUCACUCGUAGAAAAUAUUAUAUGGUUAUUACCGCCCGGAAAAGGUUCGGUCUCGUGCAGUUUCCUUCUCAAGCUACUGAGAGUUGCGAGCUUGUCGGGCAGUGGAGAAGCGGGCAAGAGAGAACUUAUUAAGCGGAUUGGGCGACAGUUGGAGGAAGCAUCCGUGCCCGACCUUUUGAUCCCUACUGUGGAAGGAGAGAACACAAUCUAUGAUAUUGAUAUGGUUCUUAAUAUAGUGGAGGAAUUUGUCAUGCAGGAUAACAGAAGUGCUAAAUCGUGCGCUGAGGUUACUGAAGAGCUCGAGGGAAUGAAGAGCCUAAGUAUAGUUUCAGGUGCCUCCAUGGUCGCCGUGACGAAGCUGGUUGAUGGUUAUCUUGCGGAGGUUGCGAAGGACCCGAAUCUACCUCUUUCCAAAUUUGUGGAUCUAGCUGAAAUGGUAUCGAAUGAAUCCAGGGCGGUGCAUGAUGGACUUUAUCGCGCGAUUGAUAUGUUUUUGAAGGAGCACCCGAGCAUGAACAAGAGCGACAGGAAGAAGCUGUGCGGGCUGAUCGACUGCAAGCGGCUGUCGCCCGAUGCCUGCGGGCACGCCGUGCAGAACGAGCGCCUCCCCUCGCGAAUGGCCGUGCAAGUCCUCUACCACGAGCAAGCCAGGGCUUGUGCCACCGCUGCUGCCGCCGCCGCCAAUUGCCGGUCGGACAGCGGCGGCAUCACCUCCUACGGGAGCUCGCGGUCGGCCGGGACGACAAACACCACCGAAGACGAGUGGAAUGGGGUUGAAGACCUAAAGUCCGUCGACAAGUCCAUGAAGCUAGGAGGGAGCCGCGGCGGAGGGAGCGAGAGAAGCAGCAGCAGCAACGAGGCCAACAAGAAGCACUUAAGUGGGAAGGGCUCGAACGAGAAGCCGAAAGUUAUAGCGACACCGAAGAAGAUACUCGGAAAGAUCUUGUCGAGCAAAGGGCAGGGCGGAGAGAAUAGUAGUUCGGAUACGUCCGGGAGCCCCGGAUCGGCCAACCACGAGGAGCCGAAGUCUACGCCUGCAAGAAGCAUUAAGUACUAUGUUUCGUAAAAGCUGCGGUAUGCUUUACAAGCCUGGAAGAAGCAGUUUUAGCUGUUCUACAAAUCAUUUUGAGCAAUGAAACCUCAACUUUGUGUUUAAUUAUGAAAGAGCAAAGGAAAUGUAAUGGUUUUGGUAGGAGAUUAUCAGGAGAAGGUGGCUUUGGGUUGUAGUCAUCCAGAUGUUAUUCUGUAAACUGUUGCUAUGAAAUCAGUGAAAUCUUAUAUGUGACCUCUUA